CUGUUCCCCCCAUCUGCGCGACCACAUUUGCUAUCUCAUACCGGUCUCGGGCUUCCUAUCGGCUGAGAACAACCCAAUCGCAAAUGCUUCGCAAUUACAUUAUAUCUUUAGCCUGCCUCUUGGGCAUGGUGCAGGGGGCGCCUUCGGAAAACUCCAAACUCCCUCACCCCCCUAAUGUGUUUUCAAAAACGGAAAAAUACCCCUUGCCAAAUCAAGGCCACCUCGACGUCCAUGACCCCAAUAUCGUGCAGCACGACAAUAAUUUCUACCUAUUCAAAGGAGGAAUCCAAAUUCCAAUAUUCAAAUCAUCGAACCUGUCUGGGCCCUGGACGAAGAUUGGCACGGUCCUCGAUGGUCCCACGAUCAUCGUAAAACAAAACCGAACACGCCCUUGGGCUCCAACCACGGUGGAAUGGAAAGGGAAAUUUUAUUGUUUCUACACAGUCAGCCAAGACGGAGUUCGCAAUAGCGCUAUCGGCGUCGCAAGCACGGACUCGAUCGAAAAUAGCUCUUGGAAAGACCAUGGCGGCCUAAUCUAUACUGAAAAAGGGCCUUUAUCGCAUAUUUGGCCAUAUACGGUAUCCAAUGCCAUCGAUGCCUCGUUCAUAGUAGACCAGCAAACGGGACAGCCGUACCUAUUAUACGGAAGUUACUGGCAUGGCAUUUUCCAAGUGCCAUUGGCGGAUGACCUGUUGUCUGUCAAGAACCCCGAGAAGCCGGACGCGAAGAAUAUGGUAUAUGUACCGGAUGGAAACCCAAAGCCGGAUGAAGGGUCUUUCAUGAGCUUCAAGGACCCCUAUUAUUAUCUGUGGUUUAGUCAUGGAAAAUGCUGUCAUUUUAACAAAGGGUUCCCAUCUAUGGGGCAGGAGUACAGUAUUCGUGUUGGAAGGUCGAAGGAUGUGCGAGGCCCAUUUGUGGACAAGCACGGAAAGGAACUGACAGAGGGAGGCGGCACCACAGUCUACGACUCGAACCAUGGAAUCGUCUAUGCUCCGGGUGGAGUUGGAGUGCUGCCUGCCACAACCACGGAUCCCGAAACUUUAUAUUAUCAUUAUCUUAACACAAGUGUCGGGUUCUUGCAUGGCGAAGCCUUACUGGGUUGGAGCUACCUCGACUACGAGGAUGGCUGGCCUGUAGCAAGAGGAUCAAAGAACUUUGCAGCCACCCUGCAGCCUGACUACACCUUCACUAUGGUUAUCAUAUUGUGUAUGUGUUGCUUGGCUCUGAUUCUACUUCCAGCUCGCUUUACUGGCCAGAAACUCAUAUUUAUAUCUAUAUUCCUAGUCACGACAGGCUUUCUGUGGCUCCAUGGGUGAUAUUGCGAUGUUGGAUGUUGAUGAUUGUUUGAUUUCCUAUUAUACCCUUUCCAUGUACAAAAUGUCGGCCAUAUUGGGUUGAGUU